AUGUCGGUGUACCGCUCCUCAACGGGCAACUUGGACCGCUUCGAAGAGCCACCUCGUGGCGGUGGUGAGCGAUGGGAUCGCGAAAAGUUUGAGCGCAUGAGAAGAGGUGGAGGAGGCGGCGGCGGCGGCGGCGGCGGCGGUGGAAGUAUCGCUGGCGGUAGUAGCCGUGGUGGUCGCGAUGAGUACGACCAUUACCGCUUUCAGGAGCAUGACCGCUUUCCUGGAGGCCAUCGCGAUGUUGACUUCCAUGAAGACCGCGCACGCAGAGGCCCUGCUGUCAUGGAAAGAGAACGCUUUCACGAAGAUGAGCGUUUCGCCCGCCCCCAGCGCCGCGCCCCCUCCGAGCUGUUCCACGAGCCCACUCCAUCCGAAGUUGCCAACCAGGCGCUUGCCCCCUACCGCCGCAGGUCCGUCAUCGACAAAGACAUCAACAUUGAUAUUGACAUCAAUGAGCGCCGGGCGCCAGCCCCUCGCCCGCCUCGCCCGGCACGGCCGCAAUACAUCCGACGACAGUCAUCUCUGGACACUUUUGACCGUAAGCCCCUGCCACGGUAUGGCGAUGUAGAGAGAUAUGAGAGGUAUGAAGACCACGAAUACCGACCACCAGCCAAUGUCCCUAUCCCGCUUCCUAUUCGCGAGCGUCGGCGAUCACCCCCUCGCCGUUUUCACGAGGAGGAUGACUUUGAGGAGAUCCGAUACGACGACCGUGGCGGAAGGGGCCGGGAACGAGAAGACUACCGCGAGGUCGAGGUUCACCGUGAGAAGAGCAGAAUCCGAAGGAGCAAGAGCGUAGCAGCCAAAUCGACACGCAGCUCUUCCAUCUCCAGUUUUGAAGAGAUUCAGCCUUCCCGCGCGACGUGGGGCAAGAAGGGCAAGACGAGACUUCCCAAGCGCCUGGUCAAGAAGCAAGCCGUUAUCGACUUGGGUUAUCCGUUCGAAGAAGAGGACGACUUCAUCAUUGUUACCCGAGCACUCGAAAAGGACCAUAUCGAUGAGGUGAUCAAAAUCAGCGAGAGCUAUAAAGAGGAGAAAAUUACCUACGUUUAUGAGGACAAGCUCGAUGAAGCUCCACCGCCGCCAGCCUCGGUUGCACCACCAGCUUCAGUCGCUCCUCCUCCGCCGCCUCCUCCUCAAGAAUUCUAUCCUCCUCCACCGCCAUCUGUAUUACACGCUCCACCUCCACCUCCGCAAGUGGUAUACGCACAACCACCUCAGGUUGUAUACGCUCAACCGCCGCCGUCUCACCACGCGCCAACUGUCUACGCACCAUCAGAACGUGCCCCCUCACCAUCCAUCCACGAACACGAGCGUUACGUCGAAAUCGACCGCUCAGCCGCCAUCCAUGGACCGGCAACUUCUUUCCUCCCAGAAGGCCGCCAACUCGUCCGCCGAGACGACCGCCGUUCGGAGCGCGAAAUCCGCGACGAGAUCCGCUUCCUGGAGGAGGAACGCCGCAUGCUCAAGUACGAGCGCGAAGGCGACCGCGAGUAUGAGUUCGUCGAGCGUACUCCCCGCAAGGAGGUUAUGCGCGUUGACAGAGAUCGAAAGGUUGUACGAAAGGAUCGCCCAAACCCCAAGAUUGUGGCGCUGGCUAUGGGGACACUGUCUUGA